CUCCCCCCUCACCAGGAAAGCUACCUGUCCCUAGCCAACUCCCUCAUCUCCUCCCAGUCAGAUCCCCAGAACCAGAGCAGGCUCAUGGAGGCCUUCUCUCUCCUCACUCCUCCCUCUCUCCCUCUGGACUCCAAGAGAACUUCCAAAAUCACUUUCAGAAAGAACCUCGAGCAGUUUCUACCGUUUGUGAAAGCAACUAUCUGGCGUCAUAUACCAUUCUGUAGGAUGUAUGCUUUUUAUUUCAUAUAAUAAUAUAGUGAGACUUGUAAUCAUGUGAGGGAGAACAUAUGUACUUGCAGUUUGGUGGG